GGGCAAUAAAAAAAAGUCGGAACUGUUUUCAUUGAAGGUUUGUGUACUAAAAGGUGUGUCACUCUUAAGUGGUCAACAAAGAGAUAACUUGCACACAGUGACACGGCAGAUUUUUCUGACUUCUAAAUCUCAGAUCUUAGGAUGGCUUCAGGUGGAUCAGGAGUUCCCCCCACCGACCCGACUGACACACCGAGUCCACAGGCAGGGGUCCCCGCUGACUCUCAGAGUGGCAAAGACACCCCAAAAGCCAAAGGAGAGUCAGCAAAUCGUUGCAAGGAUGGAGCCAAAGUGUGCCAGUUUUUCCGGAUAGGAAAAUGUCAUUUUGGCCCAAGAUGCCGUUUAGCUCACAGUGACCGAUUACAGGAUGAUUCAGGGGCUCUGUGUCCUGAUGUGGAUGAAAAACAGGAAGGAGAAAAGACACAAGAAAAACACAAGAACAAGAAGGGCAGUGUGAAUAAAGUGCCAAAGCCAAAACACGACGAGAGAAGAGCUGAGGUGAACAAAAAGCCUCGUAUGCGUACAGCAGAUGACGUGAUCUCCCGGAUCCUGUGGGACCCAUCGGUGGACGCAUCAGAAUUUGUAGUGGGCUAUGUGGAUCGAUUCCUCGGCGUGCUGGAGCGCCCCUUCUGUGACUUCAACUGGGAGACCAACCCGUGUGACUGUGAUUACACUGUUGAGCUGGCCCUGCCCAGACACAGGAUCCAGUACUUCACCUACAGAGGGCACCGUGUCUGGGACCGGCCCACCAGGACUGACCGAGUUUUUGGUUCCACAGGUCAAUCUCUGGCUCCCCCCUUUGGAGGGGAAGAGGAAGUAAGAGAAGAAAAUACAGCAGCGCUUGAAACAACUAACGAGCAGCCACCUGCAGAGGAAGAGAAGCAGAGUGAGACAAAUAUUCACACCCCUGAGUCUGCACUACCACCACCAGAGUGUACAGGAAACACUUCUCAGGAACAACAGGAGUCACGAGGACCAUGUGUUGUGGAGGAGACUGCAGAUAGACAUCAGGUUUCAGCAGAUCAGAGUUCCUCAACCGAAGAGGAGGCACCGGGUGUAAAAGAGGAGAGUGAGGGGGAGACUCUGCCAGAAUGGGAGGAAAGCUGGGAAGGCCAUGAAGACUGUAUGAGUUAUCCUGCAGCCCAACAAGUUAGCAAGAAUCCAUCUGUACCUCUGGAGCAGAGAGAAGAGAAGCAUGGUGGUCGCCCCCCUAAGAAGAGACCCACACACUUCAUCACCUUCCGGGCCAACACUCCUGCCAUCCUCUCCUGUUUCCAGCAGCUGCAGAAGGAGCUCACCUCUCUCAUACCUUCCUCUGCUCCUUACUGGCAAACCGCCUCCAGCCUUCACGUCACCCUGUGCCUCCUGGUGCUGCACAGCCCCGCUGAGGUGGCGGCUGCUGGGGAGAUCCUCCAACGGUUUGCACAACUGGACCGAAACCCGCCGGUAGCUGUGACCUUUCCUGUGAAGCUGAAACAUUUCAAUGGGAAGGUGCUGUACCUGAGUCCUCAGCCUCAGCUCCACCUACAGCAGCUCAACAGCGGUCUGCAGGAGGCCUACAGGAAAGAGGGGUUUCUCCACAGGGACUCGUACAACCCACGCUACCACCUCAGUCUGGCCAGGGUAGUGGACAGCCAGGGAGAGAGGAUCUUUGAAGGUGUGGGGGACCUGAGGGUGGGGAAGGGCUUGAACUUUGGCCGUCUGCCAGUUAACACCUUACACCUCUGUGCCAUGGGCGGCUCUAAAGUAGACGGUUUUUAUGAGAGGGUGUACACGGUAACACUUCGAUGAUAAAGAAGUCUGAUUUGCAGACAUUACUGGGUGCAAUAAGCCACGUGGCCUCGUCUACCAAAGCUGAUGCCUCUGAAUUAAACUUUAUAAGAAGUUUUGUUUAUUCAGAUAAGAUGCACAUUUUUUAAUGAAGGCCGUAAAAGGUGUAAAAAUAUAAUUUGGUUAAAUUUAUUAGAUAUAAAUACUGCAUUUAAUUUAAAAAUAUGAUCAAAGUUAUAUUUGUUUUCCCUAUUUAAUGCAUUUGAAUCUGUUAAGGUACUAAAUCUCAUGUUUCAUGUUUCUAGAUGAGAUAUAGAGGAAAGAAAAGGGCGGGGAUGGGCUGUUAAACAUCACUAAAGCUAAAAACAACAUCCUGGCUACAAUACAACAUAUAAAUAAUUAAUCCACAAUUUAAAAAAAAACUGCUUAAGGUGCUGAAGUUUUUAGAGCAGCAGUCCAUUUUAAAAAUGUUAGCUCUGGUUCUUUUAGCCAUGGAUCUUUACUGCACAGUUUUCAUGUUAUAGUGUCCUCAGUGUCAUCAGCCUGCUUAAAUUCUGGUUCACUGGUGAAUUCGGUGGUUGUGACGUUUUAUUUGCUACAGCUAAUCAUAUUUGGGAAAAUCCAGAAACGAAUCCAUAAUUAUUUAAUAAUCAAUAAGCCAAAUAACGUUUUGCUUGGAGAGCCUUUUUUAUGUAGAGACACUAAAAACCAUGAAGAACUGUUUGUGCAAACAUGAGCUGGAGCUCAAUAAUAUUUAUGUCUAAUUGACUCGGGACCAUGAGUUUGAUAAUAUUAAUACUGUUUUUAUUGCUAUGAAGAACUUUAAGAAUGUUUUAAUUGGUCAUCUGUUUUUCUUGGUGCAGAAAUGCUUGUUAUACUUUAUAUCUGAUGGGCCUAAUGAUUGGGGUUAACUUUGACCUGUAAGCAUGAUUAAUUUACACUGUUUUACUACUGCACAGACAAUAAAUUUGAAGCUGAUUAUGGACCCAUAAAGUGUUCUUUUUAUAGGGCUGAAUAAUUGCUGUUCGUAAUUCAUUGACUUGUUCAGUGGGUUUUAUAUGAAUGUUGCAUGGACUGCGCUCCAACAGAAUGAUCCCUUUGUACUCUUUUACGAAUGAUUAUGACCUCUAGAUUAUCAUGUGGAUUAAAUAUUGG